GGUCUGAGGGCCUGGUCAUGCCAGUCUCUCCAGAGACCUGUGGAUAGUGUCGAUGGGCUAGAGGCUGGCCUGCCACCUCCCAGCAUCCCCCUCAGCCGGCAGCAGGGACACGGUCCUGAGGCUGCCCCACAGAGGCAGAGGCUGGUGAGUAGGGGGGAAGGGAGGACCGGAGAGCAGCCAGCCCAGCCAGACGCAAGUUAGUGCCUUCACCUUUGGGUGGCUACGCAGCUCUCCCUCGGAGGCAGAACCGGGCUCCCAGAGCCAGGGUCAGCUCCCCCUACCCACCCCCCAUCGUCAGCCUGCCAUGGGGUGGCUGAGUGCUCUUUGAACAUUGCCUGAAAGUCACUCGCAGCCCAGCGGCUUAGCACUGCCCUCCCCUGGCUGGCCUCAGUUGCCAGUAUCUUGCAGUGGCUGUGGUUGGAUGGUCUUCCUUGGCACCCCACCCCCUUCCUCCCAUCCCCUUUACGCCUGGGGCCUCAGAGGCUCCGUGGCAUCGAGUUUAGAGGAGAGGCACACCUUUGGCAUGACCCAGUUUCCUGCAAUGGGCCCUGGACCUGAGGCACCUGGCCAUUCCCACCCAGGACUGCCUCCUCCACCACCCUGCAUAACCACUCCACCCCCCACCCCCCACAUCCACCUUCCCCUUCCUCAGGCCCGGGGGGACCUGCUCGGAUCCUGUGUUGAAUAGCACUGGGCCAUCCCAGGCCGCUUCCCUUCAGCCCCUGCCCUCUUUCUCUCUGCCUCCAACUGCUCUCCAUCCUUCAAGGCCUUGCUGAGGCUUCUUCUUGCUCCCUCCCUGGCUGUGCAGCCAAAGAGGCACUUCCUCAAGGGUAGGCGUCUACACGCACUUGGACUUCUCAUUGUAUGUAAAUAAGCAUGUUGUUGUAGGCUGCUGCAUGGCUUCUUUGAGUUUUUCCAAUGUGCUGUUUAUUUGCCAUAUUUGUCUCAUUGUCUGGAUUACUGGGACUGAGCCCAGAUCCCAGAGGCUGGAAGGUGCCAGCUCUCACCCCACCCUCCCAGCACUUCCCUUCAUCUGGGGGCAUGCACAGCAGGCUCAGAAGCACCCAGGGGCCGACCUGAACCUGGGGAAGGAAAGCCCUGGAACCUGGCAGCCUCUGUCUAGAGAAAGGGAGCGCUGGGGCCCAGGGAUAGGGGCCCUUCAUGAGGACGGGGGCAUGGCAUGGCAAAGGGUCAGGAAUGAGGCCCCUCACUCUGGAGGUGAACAGCAACAGGGUCAGGUGGAUGCUAAAAGAGGGGAUGAGCUGUCAGAAAAUGCCCCCACUAUGGUAAGAGCUGAGCAGGCUGCAUGCAGAACUUGCUGGAGCUCCGAGAGGCAGGUUCCUGUCAGGGCUGGCGAAGCCCCGGCCUUGGAACCUGUAAUCAUUCCGUGGGUCUCCUUGAAACUCACACCCAGAGCUCUAAGAGGUCUCCGGCUAGGGAAGGGUCCCCCAGGGAACUAUGUUUGGCCACGGAUACAGCCAGGCCUGUGUGAAACCAGGGGGGAGGAAGGAGUGUGCCCAGGAAGAAGGUCUCCGGCCAGCAGUCUGGAAGUUGGUGCAUGAAAGUGGCCCAGAGUGGCUCGGUGUUUGCCGUCGCAGGGACAGAAUGACUGGCAGAUGCCAGUCCUGUCUUCAGGGAUUUUCCUGUGCGCCGAGGGAGUUGGACUGGUGGGCCCACCACCCACGUUGUCAUCAGAAAUUCAUUGGAGUCAGGCUUGACCCGGGUGAAUCCGGGACGGCUCCUCAGAGAAGGGGGCAUUUGGGUGGUUUGCAAGGUUGUGCCAAUGCUGUUAGGAAAUCCGAGAGAAGCUGGGUUCCAGGGUCACGACUGGCUAGAGGCAGGAGUCGGUUAUGUAGGAUUAUGGGGUUGAGGUUUGUGUUUUGCUGCCCUCCGCGGGGCCUGGGAGCCCUUGUCGGGGGGUGGGGUGGGGGGCUGGUGAGCUGGGAAGAAAUGACGCCUUCUCUGUCCCAGGCAUGGCUGGGCCCCUGGCUGCUGUUGGCCAGCCUCCUGGUGAGCAGGAGUGUUCCCGAGAAGGUGCCCGGCUACUGCAAAGACAUGAUUACCAACGGCCACCUGACGAUCCUGCAGCACCUGAUUGACAGUCAGAUGCAGACAUCCUGCCAAAUUGCCUUUGAGUUUGUAGACCGGGACCAGUUGAAUGACCCUGUGUGCUUCCUUAAGAAGGCCUUUCUCCUGGUGCAAGACAUACUGGAGGACACCUUGCGUUUCAAAGACAACACCCCCAACGCCAAUGCCACCGUGCAGCUCCAAGAACUCUCUCUGAGGCUGAAGCACUGUUUCACCACGGAUCAUGAAGAGCAAGGCAAGGCCUGCGUCCGCACCUUCAAUGAGACGCCCCUUCAGUUGCUGGAGAAGAUCAAGAAUGUCUUUAAUGAAACAAAGCAACUCCUUCAAGACAACGGGAGCGUGUUCAGCAAGGACUGCAAGGACAGCUUUGCCAAGUGCUCCGGCCAAGAUGUGGUGACCAAGCCUGAUUGCAACUGCCUAUACCCCAAAGCCUCCCCUAGCAGUGACCUGGCCUCAGCCUCCCCUCACCAGCCUCUCGCCCCCUCCGUGGCCCCCAUGGCUGCCUUGAGCUGGGCGGACUCCGAGGGGGUGGAAGGCAGCUCCUCCUUGCCCAGCGAGCAGGCCCUUCAGGCAGUGGACCCUGGCAAUGCCAAGCAGCGACCCCCCAGGAGCACCUGCCAGAGUUUGGGGAGUCCAGAGACCGCAGGCGUCGAGGGCAGCCCCCCGGCCAGCUCACUUCCGCCCCAUGCCUCUGCUGGGGGCCCAAGUCCUGGGAUGGACGGUGUUCUUGACCCUCUGUUGGGCACCAACUGGGCCCCGGAAGAGUCCUCUGGAGAGGCCAAUGAGGGUCCUGCACCUCAAGGAGCUGAGUCCACCACCUCCAGGUCGGGAGAGGGCAGCAUCCAGGCAGAGAGCGCCAGGCCCAGCGAACACCUCUUGGUAGCCUCUCCACCAGCCGGAGCAGCCGAGGCCCAGGAACCGGCAGACAGUGCUGGCCCUCCUUUGCCCAGUGAAGACCCUGCCCUGCCCGUGGGCCAGGCCUGGACUCACACACCUGAGAAGACAGACAGGACACUGGCCCUGCCCAGAGACCAUCAGACACCGGGCUCCCCUAGGACACUGACGCCGCGCCCACAAGGCCUCAGUAGCCUUUCCACCCUCUCUCCUCAGCCAAGCCUCCCCAGAAGCCCCUCGGGAGGCAACAUGUUGCCUCUCGGGGAGCUGGAGGGCAAGCGGAGCACCAGGGAUCGCAGGAGCCCCACGGAACUGGAAGGAGGACGAGCGAGUGAGGGUGCAGCCAGGCCCCAGGCCCGCUUUAACCCCGUCCCUUUGACUGAUGCAGGCCAUGAGAGGCAGCGUGUGGGACCCUCCGACCCAAAGGUCCCUGGCUUUGUCUUCCGCCUGCUGGUGCCCAGCAUCAUCCUGGUCUUGCUGGCCGUCGGGGGCCUCCUGUUCUACAGGCGGAGGCGGCGGGGCCAUCGAGAGCUUCAGGCAGCAGAAUCCCCCCUGGAGCAGCCAGAGGGCAGCCCCCUGACCCAGGAUGAGGACAAACAGAUGGAGCUGCCAGUAUAGAGGGAUGCUAAGCUGGGCGCACAGGACAGCCUCUCCGUAGGCGGAGAAGUAAUGGGUCGUUCACCACCAACCCUCCCCAGCCGUCCCCCUGGGAUGGUGGCCUGUCCAGGACGAGCACCCCUGCCUGCCAGGACUGGACCAGCACAGCCAGGCUGAGGCCCCGCCACCUUCAACCCUCUGACCCUCACCUGACUGAAAGAGGGCUGAGAGGAGCUGCCAAUAUUUAUUAUGGGCCCUGGAGGCUCCUAUCUGCUUGAAGAAGGCUGUCAAGCCUGGCUCAGGACCAUCAGCCCCCAGGGGCUGCACCGGCCGGCCGGCCCCACGCUCCCCUUGAAGCCAACACCUGGGUCAGGGACCCAGGCCUGUGGACGUGGGAGAGCAGACCAGGGGCUGAGGAACUGGCAGAGCCCUUGUGCCCAGAGGACCCGCCUGGUAGCAAGAGCAAGCAAGGGCACGUUCCCACUGAGAGGAACAUGAGACUGGCAGGGCGGGACAGCGUUGGCUGGAGUUCUGGGAAAACGCGUGCAGCCCAAAUGACGGGAAGAGGCCUCUGGGCCUGCUGCAGGUGUGCGCCACCGACAGCCCAGAUUCUACACCCUUCCCUCACCUAAGUGCCCUCUCUGGUUGCUGGGUGGAGAAGGGAGACCAGCCCUGCCCUCAGGACCUGCCUGGCCUGCUCCUGAUGCCAAAGGGAGGACGGAGCCUGCCUCUGCUCCCCCCGCCCCCUUCCUUCCAGCCCCUGCCAGAGCACCCAGGAGGCCACGCGGAGGCCGCCCCUCAUGAAGGAAGCCGUUGCACUGUGAACACUGAACCUGCCUGCUGUACAGCCUACCUGGGCUGUCCCGCCCAGGUGAACAGCCAUCCGUCCGUCCUUCCGUCCUCCCAACCUCCAGCCUCUCCCAGCUUCCUGACCGGGCACCUGAGCUGGCCUCGCCUGUCCACGGAGGAAGCCCGAAGACCUGGCCUUCCCAUGCGGCCCUGACACUCCAGGGAGAAGGGGGUCGGGGAGUAGCCCUAGCUGGUCCUUAGGCUGCCCGUUGUUCCCCAAGUUGCUGCAUCUUGCACUUUGAAGUCCCCGAGAGGGAAGUGACUCAUGGGAGGGGGGUGGAGAGCAGAGAGAAAGGGGCUUCAGGGUGAGCUCUGACAGGUGGUUCUUGGCCCCUGGCCCUCAGCCCAACUGCCUUCCCCUCACCUCCUGCACCAGCCACCAUUAACGGCUGCCACUGCAGUCACCUGGGGCCGAGCGGGCCAGGUCUUCUCUGCUGGGAGCCCAGGACUGGACUGCGCCCAGCCCCACCUGCACUGGCACCCAGUGCCCCUUCUCUUCCCACGCUUCCUUUUUCUGGCCCAGUAGGCAGUCAACACCCUCCACCUUUCCUCCCAGGCCCCAUAACCAUCCCCUCUCUGGCCAGGUGAGCCAGGGUGGGAGAGGGGCCAAGGUACCUGCUUUCAGCCCUGCCCCUGAGGGCCUCAGCGGCCAGGGCCCCCCACCCUGGACAGUGGUACCAGGGUUUCCUGUUGGCCCUUGGCCUCUUUAUGCUGCUGUGCCCUGGGUCCUGCGCUGAAAACCCUGCCCUGCCUGGGCCGCUGGCCCGGCAUUGGCCUGCCCUGACAAAGGGGGUACUCUGGCUCCAGCCCCCUGCCCCAGCACCCCCAGGCGAUGCCAACAGCAGAGGGCAGGGCAGGGGAGGACUCACACUGAGGACUUAGCUCUUCUUGUCGCAAACUCUCUAUUUGAUACUAGAAAGGAUGGAUUUAAAAAUGGAAGUAUGGAAGAAAAGGGAAACCACACACACACACACACACACACACACACAGGGAAAAAAAAGGCAUUACCAACCGUGUCGCCCCACCCCCUUAAACGUACAGUAUUUUUUAAAAGUCAACAUAGCAAGUCCACACCAUUGUAGGAGCCCUUUGUGGGUGCUUGUUGACAGCGGCAGGCGCGGGGGCCCCAGAGCCACCUCUGGGUGUCCCCCUGCUGCCCGACAGGAACCCUUCUUCGAGGACACGGAGAGGGAACAUUGACUCACUCACUGUGAGGUUUCGUUUUUAUACUUGGAAGUGGUGAAUUAUUUUAUAUAAAGUCAUUUAAAUAUCUAUUUAAAAAUAGGAAGCUGCUUAUAUAUUUAAUAAUAAAAGAA